UUUUUUUCCUGUUUUUUUUCCAUAAUCCUUUUUCUUCUCCUCAAAUAAUCAUAAUGACCAUCGAACAUAACAACCCCUUUGUAAAUACUCCCGCCCAAGGUUCCGACACUACCAUCAGUGCCGAAGAUAUGUUAAAGCUUUUAGAUACACUCAAGAUCGAUACUUCAGACACUGAACUUCAAGCUUUACUUUUAAACGCACAGAAUGGUCAACCUGUUGAACGUGAUACUUUGAUGACCGUUGUUACAAACCUCUUAUCAAACGAUACCAAGCAUCUCGGUGAACUAAACGAAAACAUUGGUGAUUUCGAAAUCGAGUUUAGAUAAACUAUUGAUGAUUCCCUCCUCUCUCUUCUACACAAAAAAAUAAAUAAUAAAAAAAGGAUUCUCCCAAGUGUUACAAAACCCAUGGCUCUGACUCUCCGACAUCCUUCGGACUCUUAA